AUGGUAGGGGGUCCCCCACAGAGGAGGGCCCCACCACGGAGCUCCACCACAGAGCUCCCCCACAGAGGAGGGCCCCACCACGGAGCUCCACCACAGAGCUCCCCCACAGAGGAGGGCCCCACCACGGAGCUCCACCACAGAGCUCCCCCACAGGGCUCCCCCACAGAGGAAGGCCCCACCACAGAGGAGGGCCCCACCACAGAGGAGGGCUCCACCACAGAGGAGGGCCCCACCACAGAGGAGGGCUCCACCACGGAGCUCCACCACAGAGCUCCACCACAGAGCUCCCCCACAGAGGAAGGCCCCACCACAGAGGAGGGCCCCACCACAGAGGAGGGCUCCACCACGGAGCUCCACCAAAGAGCUCCCCCACAGAGGAGGGCCCCACCACGGAGCUCCACCACAGGGCUCCCCCACAGAGGAGGGCCCCACCACGGAGCUCCACCACAGGGCUCCCCCACAGAGGAGGGCCCCACCACGGAGCUCCACCACAGAGCUCCCCCACAGGGCUCCCCACAGAGGAAGGCCCCACCACAGAGGAGGGCCCCACCACAGAGGAGGGCUCCACCACGGAGCUCCACCACAGAGCUCCCCCACAGAGGAGGGCCCCACCACGGAGCUCCACCACAGAGCUCCCCCACAGGGCUCCCCCACAGAGGAAGGCCCCACCACAGAGGAGGGCCCCACCACAGAGGAGGGCUCCACCACGGAGCUCCACCACAGAGCUCCCCCACAGAGGAGGGCCCCACCACGGAGCUCCACCACAGAGCUCCCCCACAGAGGGCCCCACCACGGAGCUCCACCACAGAGCUCCCCCACAGAGGAGGGCCCCACCACGGAGCUCCACCACAGAGCUCCCCCACAGAGGAGGGCCCCACCACGGAGCUCCACCACAGAGCUCCCCCACAGAGGGCCCCACCACGGAGCUCCACCACGGAGCUGUGUGAAUCCAUUGAAUUUGGUACGGAGCUGAGAGAGGUUCAGGACGCGCGUCUCGUCGCUUCCACGCGCUCGUCUUGGUGGACGGCCGAGCGAGCAGCUGCCAGCGGAGCCCCGCCCCCAGCGGAGCCCCGCCCCCAGCGGAGCCCCGCACCCAGACGAGACGAGGCCGCGAGACAGAGAAACAAACACAAGGCCAACCCGGAGAUAUGA